GGCCCAUCAGGUCUCUUCCAACUCUUUGAUUCUAUGAUUCUUGGCCUCUGUUACAUGUCCACGCAUGCGUACUGUUCUCAGAGCGAACUCUACCGUUCUGCGCAUGCGCUCCAAUCACUUAUUCGCCUCCGUUCAUAUAAACGCAUGCGCCGUUUUCUCAGAACCAGUUACAGCUUUGCAACAUUUUACUUAACUACUGUUCUGCGCAUGCGCGCGAUUCACUUAUUCGACACCGGCACACUAGACGCAUGCGCAGUAUUCUCCUUAGAGAGCCAGUUCCAGGUCGAACUUUGGAAAGAUUCUUUUUUGCGCAUGUUUAAAGGAAACAGCGAAUAGUGAUUUAAUAAGACAGUAAGAGCCAUCACUGAUUGGUCCUCUCAGGGAUGGGCUUCCAUUGCAGGAAGCCCUCACUUGGGCUGUGAUUGGCUGAGGCGGGCCAGGUCACGUGCCGGUAUAAAAAUAAGCGGGAACCCUGGCCGUGCUUCAUUCUCCGAAGAUGUCGCACGAGGUAAAGUCCGAGGAAGGCCCCAGUUCGUCCACUUCGGGCUCCUCGAGUUCGGCGACGGCGAGCUCUGUAGACACGCUUCCCACCCAGGAACCGCUGCCCUCCAUUCCAGAAGAAGGAGAAAUAGGAGAAGGAAACGGACAAGGCCUCAAGGCCUGGGGAAGGCUCUUCGGCCUCUCACCGGGCUUCCACAACCUCGACUGCGUGAAUGCGGAAUACAGCUUUGGGCGGGACCCGAGCUGUGAUUAUGUUUUCCAGAGAUUGUCUGAGUUGUACCAACAGACCAGCAAGAAGCAUUUCCGGGUCAUCCGGGAGGAGCCUGGGCUUGGAGUGGGUGUGGCGUAUUUGGAAGACCAGAGCGCUAACGGGACCUUUGUUAACGGGACGUUAAUUGGGAAAGGGAAGAAAACCCCACUGGCCAAUGGAGCAGAGAUCGCACUUGCACUCCCCUUCAACAAAGUUUUCUGCUUCUGCGACUUAAUGGACAACAAUCAGUCAAUGGGUUUCCCUUCGGCCUUAAAGGAGAGGUACCUCAUUUCCAAGACCCUCGGAACAGGCGCCUGUGGGGAAGUCAAGCUGGGCUUUGACAAAGAAACUUGCCGUAAAGUCGCCAUUAAAAUCAUCAAUAAAAAGAAGUGCUUCUAUGAAAAUGGCAGAGAUAGUGACCGCCCUUUUAACGUAGAAACCGAAGUGGAGAUUUUGAAGAAGAUUGAUCAUCCCUGUUUGAUCAAGAUCAAAGACUUCUAUGAAGGAGAAGAUUUCUAUAUUGUGCUUGAAUUGAUGGAAGGAGGAGAGCUUUUCUAUAAAGUCCGAAGGCCGGCCAAAUUGAGUGAAGAAACCUCCAAAUUCUAUUUCUAUCAAAUGUUGUUGGCUGUACAGUACCUCCAUCAAAACGGCAUAAUCCACCGGGAUUUGAAGCUGGAAAACAUCCUUCUUUCUUCUCCUUCGGAGGAAAAAUGCCUCAUCAAAGUCUCCGACUUUGGCCAGUCGAAGUUGCUGGGCGAGUCUUCUCUGAUGCAGACGCUCUGUGGGACCCCUGACUAUUUGGCCCCUGAAGUACUGAGAUUCGAAUUAGGGGCCAAAGAAGGUGGAUACGGCCGUGCUGUCGAUGCCUGGAGCCUUGGGGUCAUCCUUUUCAUCUGCCUUUCUGGGUACCCUCCUUUCUCGGAAACACCCCAAAAGACGCUCCGGGACCAGAUACGCACAGGAAGCUUCACCUUCAUCCAAGAGAUCUGGGACCACGUCUCCCAGGAAGCCUUAGACUUGGUCCGGAAAUUGCUGGAAGUUGAUCCAAUCCGGCGGCUGACCAUCCAGGAAGCCUUGCAUCACCCUUGGCUCCAGGAUGAAGAGAUGAAGCGCACUUUCCAGGAAUUGGUUUCCAAAGCAGAGACUCCUAAUUUGCCUUUUAAAGGAAGAAAAAGACAGCGGACGGAAAACAGACUUGUGGACACACCCACAAAAGCCCGGAAGCUCCAGCAAUAAUUAAUUUCCUAUUUUAUUAUUACUGUUGUUUUCGAAUUGUUUUAAAAUAUGUUUUUAUAUGUAUAUAUAUGUAUGUAUAUUUCUGAAGAAUGUAUAUUUUUUCUGGUGUAUUUUUAUAGGAAAAUAAAGGAACAAAUUAGACUUGGA